CCGUCCGCCUGCAGAUCUUUUUGUUUCUCUGUAGCGACUCGAAUCCAAAGUUCAGAAGAGAGAAAGAGACCGAGACGUUUGUUUGAGGAGAAUCCGACUCAGAGAUAGAGAGGAAGAAGAAGGGGAGGAAGAGGAGGAGGAGGAAGAGGGAAAGUGAGACUGAGGAAGACAACACAGACGGACGCCUGUUGAAUAGUCUGUUGUGUGUCUAUGUGUCUGUGUGUGUCCCUGUGGGUGCAUAUAACACCACAGUGCGGUGCGUGGGCAGCUGGAACAGGCUCUUGUGUAUCAGCUUCACCAUGAGGCAGUGACAGCACCGGGACAGCGAUGGCAGAGCUGGAGAUCGACCAGUCCAACCUCCCACGUGUCCAGGAAGUGUGCCAGGGUUUUGCCGUUCUGGAGGAUGGAGCGUUGGCACACAACCUGCAGGAGCAGGAGAUUGAGCAGUACUACACCACCAACGUCCAGAAGAACCAGCUGGUGCAGAACGACAUCCGUGUGGCCAAGAGGCUGCAGGAUGAGGAGGAGGAUCAUCGAGCCCAGCAGAGUGCCGACCUCCGACAGGCUUCCAGACAACUAGAGGAGCAGGACCUGGAGUACGCCCGGAUCAUUCAGGAGGAGCUCCAGCGCUGUGCUGAGGAGGCUCACAGAAGGGAACAGGAUGAUGAGGAAAUAGCUAAGAGGAUGCAGGAGGAGGAGGAGCAGAGGAUCAGAGCGAGGAGCCGAGGGCAGGAGGGCCGCAGCCAAGACAGCGCCGGUGACUCUGCUCUGCCGGCCUCACACCAGCACACACUCAGCGGCCAAGGAGGGGAGCAGUGCUCAUCUUCCAACACGAGGUGGCAGUAUUCUACCUCUCACAACCAUUCAGACCUAACUGUGACUCGGGCUGCCUCCCACUGGGGACCAGUAGCUCGGGGAAGCAGAACUUCAGGGUCAAAUCAAGGACACGCAGAUUCCAUUAGGCCAAUCAGGGAAGAGUUGAGAGAAGCUUUGAGCGAAGACUCCGAGGAAUCAGACACAGUUUUCUCUGCCCAGCUCUCCAACUGGUCCCAGAGACCCAGUAGAAGAAUAAACACAGCCCCCCCUCAACACCGGGCCGCUUCACGCUAUCCACAAGAGAGAAACUUCAGAAGUCUUAGCUCACGCAGCAGCUUCAGAGGCUGGAGCCAGGAGAGAGGGGAAGGGGAUUAUUAUGACAAUGAACUUUAUGACAGAGAGAAGAGGAGGAAUGGGAGUCGGCAGCAGGAGAGGAGCCACAGAGAGGAUUAUGAGCGAUGGCACAGGGCCGGGGAUCAGGAUAGAGACUCCGGGUCGGUCGAGGGGAGAGAGAGGCGAUGCAGCCGCAGUGAAUCCGUCCGAUUACCUGACCGGAGCAGACACGGCAACCGAGACCUGGCCAGGACCUGGAGCCAAAGGGACAACCCAGACAGACGUGUCCACUUCCAGGAGGACGCCAGGAACUCUCACAGGCAGCCGGACGGAAGCGGACAAGUCUGGGAGAUGCUGGGCCAGGUCCUCAGGGAGAGGGGCGUGGCCGUGAAGGUCGGCGCCAACGGGGUGCCGCUGCAGAUCGGCCCUCAAAGCCGAGAGAGCCAGGUGCUUCAAGGGAGCGAGGUCUCCUGCUGCAGCUCCCAACCACAUCAGAGAGCCUUCCAGAGGGCGGCCACCACCAGGCACAGUUUCCAUGGAGACAUCAGGAAGAGGAGGAUAUCGUCACACCGGGAGAACAGCGGGAGAGAUCACAGAGAAGACCCGGACGGGCGCUGUGACACCGGGGAGCGUGGUGGAGAGGUUUACGAGAUCAGCAGCAGAGACUCCAAUCUGGCGAGAGGGGAAAGUGGAGGAAGUAGAAGGUGGAGCGAGCAUGACGAGGCGAGAGGGAGGAAUGUGAAUGAUUCCAGGGUCAAGAGGACAGCGAGUGAACGCCGGCCUCGGCACACGACCACGGAACGAAGGUUGAGCUCGGAGGAGGUGCGGGAGGAGGAAGGGAGGGCGGAGUGGCCCCCCCGACGAACCCCACAGCGUAGCCUCAGCCUCAGCAGCACCGGGGCCUCCUCCAUGGACAGGUCAAGGCACGAGGCAGAAGGUGUGUCACUGCAACCGGAUCCGAGUGAAACGAGCCUGAACCUUGGGGAGCUGCAGCAGGUCCUGAGGGAUGAGGAACUCGCCCGCAAGCUGCAGGAAGAAGAGGACAAGCUGCUGAGGAGGAUGAGUGAUCCAAGGAACUCCCAACCCCCUCCUCCACGUGGUCCCUACCCACAGGGAGACUUCAGGGUAGCACAAGUGGCGCAGGACGAGGAAAUCGCACGUUUCAUGCAGAAGCAGGAAGUCAAGUCGAAGCGCCGAUCGCGUGAGCUGGAAGGGCCGGGGUCGUGGCGUGAGCACAGAUCGAUGAUCAGUCACCAUGACAGACGAUCGGCAAGAGAGAGACAGGUCCAGCGAGAGAGACUGGACUCCGAGGGACUUCCUUCCCCCACGGACGACUGCUGCCCGGAGAACCAGCCGCCCAGUCCCAGCGCCACUUUACUCCCGGCCCAGCAGAUCAGGAACAUCGCAGAGGAGCUGGACCCGACCUUCCAGGCCCGGAGGCAGGACACGGAGCGCCUCCAAGUGGAACAAACUGGUCCGGCGUGUCAGUCACUUCCUGUGCCGCAUCCCGGCUUAAACGGCUUCCUGGUGGAGCCAGCGUUCAUCCCGCCCACCAAGCGGCAGCCCGAGAAAUCAACGCACUCGAAACCAAAAGAGAAGAAGGAAAACUGCAAGCAGCAGUGAUGUCCAGCACAGAGUCGGAUUGAUGGAUUGAAAAUAUAUCUCAUAGCACUAAAUAUCCGUUCUCACGAUCCCAUUACUUUGAGGUUAAAAGAGUUGACUGGCCACUCCCAUUAGCACUUUAGACCAGAGAAGUGACAUUUUAAGAAAAGUCCUUGAUUGAGUGAACAGUGACAACACUUUGGACUCAAGCCUUUACGAUUAUCAAAGGGAAAACUGAGGCUUAUUGAAGUAUUGUUUGAAUUCAUCAGUGUUGCGUGUUUAAUUUAAACAGUAUAACAUUUUAUAUUUGUAUCCUGUGUGACUGUGUUGUCAGCAUCCAAAAUGUCCUCUUUGUUUAUAUGUGUUUAAAGAGCAGCAGCGUGUACAUGAUUCAUUUUCCACAAGAAAGACACAGAGGAAAUAACCAAGGUUGAAUCAGAGGUAACUUCCUCACCUUCAGUUGAGCGAUGUCUGACUGUACAGGACAAACCCUGAGUUGUUCACUUUACCAAGAGGAGUAAACAAGAAGUUAGUCUGAUAAACUGAGUGGGGGGUUUUCGAAGCUUUGUUUCAGAGCAGUUUGACCAGACUCCUGCUGUGUCUGCAGAAGCACUACGACAAUCACAUGAACUUAUUUAAUCAUUAUUUAAAUACGGAAACACAUAUUACAACUGUCAUCAUUUUAUGUCACGGUGCAUUGUUUUAUCAAAAUGUAAAUAUAACCCAACCUGAGAGGACGGAUGUUCGAUCUCUGGGAUCAUUAUGUAUUCAGCAAAGUAAUCUAAGCACAAAGGUUAGCAGCUAUUUUGGACAUUUUCAAGAUGACCCUGGUUUCCCCACACAUCCGACCGCUUGUUAUCGUGUGACGGAUUUUUUACACUGACACCAGGUCACAUGAUCACACCCCUGAGGUCAAGAGAUGCAUUUGAAAACUCCAAAAAAAACGUGUAUGUGGUACUUUAGGCUUAGAUUAAUCGGUACAGUAUCCAGAGCAUGGUUUGUAUAUUUUCUUAGGAGGAUUUUUGUAUCAGUCCAGACCUGCAGGACACGAGAAGGAUUCGAUUUUUUACACACACAACAGCUCUGUAGUUGGUUUGUUUGUAUAAUGUUCAUUUUAUUCCCACAUUUAGAACACCAGUUUCUUUUCUUUCAGUUUUUUUAUUCUUUACAAAUGAAAUGUACCACUCUGUGUAGUGGACCACAAUGAAUGCGACUGUACAACAACAAAUAAUAAAAUAUUUUUAUUGGCUGUUUCAAAA